AUGUGUCUCAUCCUUCGUCCUUCUCGCUUGUUCGUCGGCAUUCCGUCAGACUCCGCCUCUACCUCACCACCACCAACACCAACACCAUUGAUUUCAAGAAUGGAAACUACUGAGAAAGGGGUAAUGACGGAGUACAAGUUGGUUGUGGUAGGCGAUGGUGGUGUCGGCAAAUCGGCGCUCACGAUCCAACUCAUUCAGAAUCAUUUCGUCGAGGAGUACGAUCCGACCAUAGAGGACAGCUAUCGCAAACAGGUUGUCAUCGAUGGCGAGACGUGUUUGCUGGAUAUUUUGGACACGGCCGGUCAAGAGGAAUACUCGGCGAUGCGCGAUCAAUAUAUGCGAACCGGCGAGGGAUUUUUGCUCGUGUUCGCCGUGAAUGAGACGAAAUCGUUUGAGAAUGUCGCCAAUUAUCGCGAGCAGAUUCGAAGGGUCAAGGAUAGCGAUGAUGUUCCGAUGGUUCUCGUCGGCAACAAAUGCGAUUUGCCGUCGAGAAGCGUCGAUUUUCGUACGGUUAGCGAUACUGCCAAAGGAUACGGGAUUCCGAAUGUCGACACGUCGGCGAAAACUCGAAUGGGAGUUGACGACGCGUUCUACACUCUGGUUCGCGAGAUUCGAAAGCAUCGCGAACGGCACGACAACACGAAGCCACAAAAGAAGAAGAAGUGCGAUAUAAUGAUGACAAGAAAACGAAAGAAUGUCGAGGAGAAGCCGGCGGAUGCGUUUCAGGAAUAUGGAUAUGAGGCGGCGAGCCGUCGAGAUCAUGAACCGAUUCGCUCGUUUCCGGAAAAACGGAGUCGAAACGACCGAAAUCGUCGAAAUGGACAAAAACGAGAGUUUGACGCGAGCGAUUUCGAGCGGCAAUACGGACGAGUUGGUGGCGAAAACGCGUCGAAUCGCCUCGAUGAGAGCGAAAACGAGCAAAAGCACGAUCGUCGUCCGACCGAUGAGCGUGGCGAGUUUCCGAAGGAGAUUGUCGGCUAUUUGCGGAAUAUUGAGCAGAUUGGCAAAACCGAAGGGCGAAUCGAGGAAUUCAUUUUGGACAAAUGCGCGGAAGAAGUCGCUGGAAUGGAAACGACGCUUCUCGAAUGGACCGAAGCCGCCGUUGUGGUUGAGCACGUGUUCGGCUCUUGCUCGUACGGCGCCGCGUUGUUCCUAUCGGCGCUAUCGCGACUCAAACACAAAAAAUUGUUGGCGUUGUUCUUCGGCGGCGCCAGCGCGCGGACCAUCGAGAAUCUCCUGCUCAAAUUGUGCCCGAUUUCGAGAAGCGAGCACGUCGAGUUGAUCUCGAAAUUCGCCGAUUUGCUAUGCGAGAAUUGGUCGGAAGCGGUCGGUUCGCAGCCGUCGGCAUUCCUUUUGCGGCUCAUCAUUCGAAUCGCGUCGGGUCUCGACACGAAAUCGACAGAGGCAAAAGUGGUGGUGGCGUCGACGCCGAAAUUCGCCAACAAAGAGAUGAAGGCGGAAUUGAAGGCGAUUUAUGAGAGGAUCGCCGCGUUUGCGUUCGAUCUACAAUUGAACGCCGACCUCAUCGAGAAUCCGGUUUGCUGUCUGACACUACAGGAGGCGAUCGACGCCGAAACAUUGUGGAAAGGGCGACGAUGCGAUGAUUUGGUGACGAAAUGGUUCGAAAAAGACGCGGGCGGCGAGUUGUUGUUGAACGCGUGGAAAUGCAAACAAUCGUCGAGAUUCUGGGAGAAGAUUGUCGAAAAUUGUCGCGAGGAGACGAGAAGCUUGAUCUGGAUGACGGCGGUCGCGAAAAAUGUGAUUGAGCUCUCGCAGGAUCCGUACGCGAAUUUCGUGCUCCAGAAGCUGAUCGGCUCAGUGAGCAGCUUGGAAUUGGCCACCGACGUCAUCGACGAGAUUGCGCCGACGUUCGCCGGAUAUUUGCUAUCGAAUCGCGAUGGUGUCGCGCGUGCGGCGAUUCGCUGCGCGUCUCGACACGAAAACGUCCAAGAGCUUCUUUUGAAACAAUUGCGGCAAUAUUUUCGCGCCGCCAAGGCGUCGACAAAAUCGCAUUUUCUGCUCAAUGUGCUCACGAACAACGCGUUCGACGGCGUCGACGUAAAUUUGGAGAAGCUCACCGUUCAGGGGAGUCUUCUUGUCUCGGAAUUGUUGAAAUUCGGCAAGAUCAAAACGAUUUCGGCGGGAUUCGAGGCGCUCACUCAACAGCAAAUCAUGCAAAUGUCUCGCCACAAAAUCGGUUCGCGUGUGAUUCAGAGCGCAUUUACGAGUCCGACUCUCAGCGAUGAGCUCAAAUACAAAAUGGUUGAGGCGUUGGCGAACGACUGGGAAUCGCUGGUGUCGGACACGUACGGCAGUCAUGUGUUCGAGAAACUUUGGGAUUUCGUCGAUGUGAGACGCAAACAGGACAUUAUGAAGGUGUUGGUCGGAAUUCGUAAUUCGUCGAAAUUCUUCAAAUUCGCGAUGCUUCGCUGCGACGUUCACCAAUUUCGCCACGAUCGAAAAGCGUGGGUGGAGAAAAUGAGGAAAUAA